AAUACGUUCUCGUUUAAGCUAGUAAAAAUAAAAUAUCCAGAAAAGAGUUAACACUGAUAAAAACGUAUAAUUGUUUUAUAAGGUUAAAUAAUAUAAAAAAUAAAAUAGUAAAACUAUUCACGACCGGAGUGCACGUCUUGAAACACAACUAUAAACUAUAGUUCGACCAAUAUGAUUCAACCGCUUUUGUUCGUGUAUUCGUUGUUUUCCAUUUGCCCUUUUCUGAUGUGCUCGGCCGGUAAUUCUGGUUCAUGGUCAGACGCAGACAACGCGUCAACAUUAAACGAUAUAUUGAAGGCGGUUGGGUGGAAGAAACUGGUAACAAAUGCUCUAGAACGAGAAUUAAAAUCAAUCAACGGCGAAGGAAUAGACGUGUCAGAAUUAUUAAAUAAAGGGGCUGACGGCAACAUUGUUACUCCGGCAAAUUACUUCGAUAAAUUGCUAAAAUCAUCGGCCGCAGUAAACUGCUUUUACAGCGAAAGCAUAAAAUUCAUAAACGAUAUGUUCAUUGAAAUAAUCGCGGGCAAGUGCAUGAUCAUGGGUUCGAGCACAUCAAUGUUGGAUUGCAUGGAACGGUUUUGGAAGACAAUGGACCUAAAUAAGUCACUGAUCGAAAAAAUGCUAUUAAUUCUGAAUUUUUUCCACAAAGCUUCUAAAGGCUUGGGCACAACAAUAGUCAUCGACGCUUUGGAAAGCCUAUUACCAAACUACGACCGUCAGAUAUAUAACAAAUCGAAUUACUUGGACGCAAAUGGUACUGUUAAGAUGGAUAAUUUUAUGUGGGAUUACAAAUAUCUCCUAGACAAGAUGAAUUGCGCAAACAAAUUACUGUGGGACUUUCUCGUGGCCCGUUGUUUGCCGACUUGCAUGAGCGGAAACCAAAAAUCAGACCACAUCCUAAAAAUUGAAGCAGGAAUAAGCAAUCUUACGUUACAUCAGGGUAUCGAUAAAGUAUUUGACUUUUUUGUUAAAAAUUUAAUUGUGUACGACCAAUCUUUCUUAAUUAAACUAGGGUUUAAUAAGGAACGAUUAAUAGUUUAAGAUCAUUAUGUACAUUUUUACAGUAAUUUAUUAUGCGCUACUGUUUUAGACUCUUCGUUUUCGUUGUUGUAAGAAACGGUUUCUAAAUUUUUAUUCUGUUUGACACAUGUUUAA